AUGAUCAAAAUAGCAAAGACUGGUCCAGGCGGCUCUAUCGAGAAACCGCGGCCAAAGUGCGGAACGGCCGGCCGAGGAACAUCCGUCCACGGUCGGCCAACAUCCGAACGCUCAUCUGUCCCGCUGAACAACGGCCGAGCCCACGUACCGAUCCGGGAAGCAUCGUCCCGCGGUCGGCCAAACCAAAAUCACAAAGCCAAGCCGCACGAACCGGGAAGCAUCGCCUCGCGGCCGUGCGGCACAACUCACACCGCGGCCGAUACAGUCCGACCAGGAAGGCCUCGUCCCACGUCCGGCCAAAUCCUUCGACCAUUAUCAUCCGUCCGGCCGAACCCGACGAACGAACGCAAAACUCUCGGCCACGAUCGACCGACCGUGCCGAUAGCCGACCACGACCCGAUAGCCGGCCGAACGUCCCGACCGACCGUCCGAACGGUCCGGUCGACCCGAAGCCGUUUUUGA